AUGGCAGAGAUCCAAGAAUUUCGGCAAAUGGUAUUGCGGCGUACAUCACUGUUGGCUUCUUUGGGACGAGCAGGACAAUUUCUGGCGGCAUACGAAGAGGAUCGGGAUAUGCUCGUGGUAGCGCUGCGGCUUGAAAAUCUAGACACAAUUCGGCACGAACUAGAGGAUUUCCAAUCGGCAUUGGAGAGUACCGAGGAGACAAGCAAUGAUAAAGGCUGGUCUGAUUUCAAAGUUGCCUCUCACUGUCGGUGCCACCCUUUCGUCCCCCCUACGGUUUCCUCCAGCCUCAAAGGGCUCAAGCAUCCGACGAUCACAUUACCAGAAUUCAACGGAGAUUGCAAUGAGUGGUUAGCGUUUCACGAUACCUUCCUUACGCUGAUUCACUUAAAUCCGGACGUUCCAGCAAUCCAGAAGUUUCACUACCUAAAGCCGGCGGUUUCAGACGAGGCCGCGCAGGUGAUUGAAUCAUUCGCUAUCAGUGCCACUAACUACCCAUUGGCUUGGCAGGCAUUGAUAUCUAGAAAAGAAAAGUUCGCCGUGGAUACUGAUUUCUUGAUUCUUCCGCGGGUCACUACUGAACUUCCAGCGCAAGAUAUUCCAGUUGAUCACUGGAAGCUUCCACCGAAUAUUUUCCUCGCAGAUCCACAAUUCGACAAGCGUGCACUAAUUGAGAUGAUUUUGCGAAUUGAGCACUUCUUUUCAUUUUUCAAGACUGCAAGUAGAAUUAACCUGUCAAAAUCACUCCCGAUGCUGAUCGACAGUGUCUUCGGACGGCUAGUUUCCGGUUCAACCAGCAAGGUUCCUCCCGCAGGACGGAACCCCUCAUGCAGCAUAGUAGCUGUAUACUUGUUCACUCUAGAGGAGAGCGUUGAACGUUUCUGGCAAGUGGAGGAGUUGCAAACCAGGUCUGAUUAUUCUCUGGAUGAAAAGCGUUGCGAGGAACUGUUCUCGGAUUCUACGACCAGGAAUGCAGACGGACGUUACAUGGUCCGUCUACCUCGUCGGUCAAACUUUAACGAGAUGGUGGGAGCCUCGAAACCGAUGGAAACGAAACGUUUUCAACUCCUGGAGAAACGGCUUGCUCGCAAUCGCGAAUUGAAGGAUGAAUACCAUAAAUUUAUAAUCGAAUAUCUCUCCCUCGGACAUAUGCGAUGUGUUCGAGAGGACGACACGCAAAAUUCAUCAUAUUUGCCGCAUCAUCCGGUAAUGAAGGAAGCCAGCACGACGACCAAGGUGCGAGUGGUUUUUGACGCUUCGGCCAAGACCUCUACAGGCUUCUCCAUCAACGAAGCGCUGUUAGUAGGUCCUGUGGUGCAGGACGAUCUCCUUUCAAUAAUUAUUCGGUUCCGGACGUUUCCAGUGGCGCUAGUGGGAGACAUCGCUAAAAUGUACCGACAGGUCCUCCUCCAUCCGGAAGAUACACCUUACCAAAGGAUUCUGUGGCGUUUUGAUACAGCAGAUGGAUUAGGCCGUCGUCGUUUCUUGCGACUCGAACAUUGCAGCAACUUGCAUCCGAUGAAGGUUAUGCCUAUCCCCGUUGGAAAACCUGCCCUCCGUAAGAGCUUUUACGUGAACGAUUUUAUUGGCGGAACCCAAUCCGUCAGUGAAGCAAUCCAAUUGAGAUCGGAACUAAGUGAGCUACUGGCCAAAGGCGGUUUUGCGCUUCGUAAGUGGGCAUCAAACCAACUACCGGUUCUGGCGGAAUUGCCAUCCGACGAAAUUGGCACACAAUCGGCGAUUAAAUUCGACACGAACGAAACAGUUAAGACGCUUGGCAUCACCUGUGAACCCGAAUCAGACAACCUCCACUUCAACUCCGAGAUCCGCCAACACCAAGAUGCGCCUACGAAGCGUUCAAUACUUUCAUCGAUUUCGCAGCAGUUCGACCCAUUGGGGCUAAUUUCACCAAUUAUCAUCAACGGAAAGAUGCUGAUGCAACGCUUAUGGUUACUACCAUGUUCGUGUGAUGUCGAAGUUCCAGACUGCAUUGCAACUGCUUGGGAGAAACUAUCAGCGCAACUCCCAAAAAUUGCCGAUUUUCGUGUCAGUCGUUAUGCACUUCUACCAAAGUCGACCAUCCAACUUCAUACGUUCUGUGACGCAUCGGAAUCAGCGUAUGGGGCGUGUACGUAUGCAAGAUGUGUCGAUUCUUCCGGACAGGUUCGUGUACAGUUCCUAGCAUCCAAAUCUCGAGUAUCUCCAUUGAAGAAAAUCUCGCUACCGCGUUUAGAACUGUGUGCGGCUGAGGUUCGCGCGAAACUGUAUAACCGAAUAGUCGAGGCUCUCCAGAUUCCGUUAGCAAGCUCGUAUUUUUGGUCUGAUUCCACAGUAACCCACCCUUCAGUGGCUUCGUGCUCCUCCCAGUACAUGGAAAACCUUCCCCAUGGAGCAUUUUGGAAUCACGUCGAAGGAACGGAGAAUCCAGCGGACCUUCUAUCCCGUGGCAUGCACGUUGACGAUUUUUUCAUCAGCAAAAUAUGGAAUCAUGGCCCGGAAUGGUUAUCCCGCCCAGAAGCAGAAUGGCCUGCCACCAAAUUAUCCGAGUAUCCAGCAGACGGGAAGGAACGACGAAAGGUUAUUGUUUCUGUAGCCAGAAUCCAAGUUGUACCAUACUCCGUAAACCUUAUCUCAUGA